CGAUCCGUGGAGUUGGUCUCCUUCAGAAUGAGAAGCCUUAGGUUGAAGAGGAAUGACUUGAGGUGAGUGUUCAAAGGACCAGAGGGAUCUUUUGCAGUAAGGAGAACUGUUUCAGUCACUGGACCUCCACUCCGUCGGAGGACGAUGAUCCACACAUGAACCAAAACCUCCUGAAUCUGUAAGAACAGACUACCUUUGGAGUUUAUUAACAAAGAGUUCAGAACUAAGGAAGAGUCUUCCGGAGAGUCUUCCUGUCCGGUCCGUGUUGCACGAUUCAUUCACAGCAGCAGGGUUGCUUUGGAUAGAGACUUUAGACCUCCACUAAAAUGGCAGAGAAAAUCAAUCGGCUCAAGAGUUUACUGACCUGCAGCGUGUGCACUGAGAUCUUCACAGACCCGGUGUCUCUGGGCUGUCACCACAGCUUCUGUUCCAGCUGUCUCCAGGACUUCUGGGCCCAAGCUAAGAACAAGAACUGUCCCAUCUGUAAGAGGAAAAACUCAAAGGAUAUAGGCGUUGACUUUUCCAUGAAGGAGCUCGCUGAGUCCUACGCUGGAAGACAGAGGUCUGACCCCUCUGAUGAGGCCCAGGUGGUCUGCACUGAGCACUUAAAGGAUAUCAAGUGGUUCUGUAAGGAGGAGCAGAGAGCUGUGUGUCAUGUGUGUGAGUUCCCUCACCACCAGGGUCACACAGUGGUUCCUCUAGAAGAACAAGUCCAGGAGCUGAAGCAGCAGCUGAGACCUGACCUCACGGCUCUACAGGCCAGGAGGAGCAGACACCAGGAGCUGGAGGAGACGUAUGAGGCCAUGGUUCCUCACCUCAAGGUACAGCGGGUGAAGACCGAGAGGCGGAUCAGAGCAGAGUUUGAACAGCUUCACCGGUUCCUGAGAGAGGAAGAGGAGGCCAGAGUGAAGGCCCUGGGAGAGGAAGAGGAGCAGAAGAGGAAGAGGAUCCUCCUGGAGAGGAAGACCCUUCAGGAGCAGAUCCGGUCUCUCUCAGAGGGUCUCUCGGCUGUAGAAGCAGACCUGCAGAAGGACGGCCUGUCGUUCCUCAGCGCUUCCACGCGCUCCCGGACCAGCGCCAGAGCCCUGCUCUCCGGUUCUGAUCCCCAGCUGCUUCCUGGAGCGCUGCUGGACGAGGCCAAACACCUGGGAAACCUGGCCCACAGAGUCUGGGAGAAGAUGGGGCAGAGGACCACCUUCAGCCCCGUUACUCUGGACCCAAACACUGCAGCAGACUGCCUCUCUCUGUCUGAUGAUCUGACCAGCGUGAGACAUAACGAUGUAACCCAGGAGGUUCCUAACAACCCAGAGAGGUUCACUAUGUACAGUAAUGUUCUGGGUUCUGAGGGCUUCAGCUCAGGGGAACACUGCUGGGAGGUGGAGGUGGGAGACCAUCCUGACUGGGUAAUAGGUGUUGCUAAAGAGUCAGUGGAGAGGAGAGGAGAGUGUACUGCUGCACCAGAUAAUGGAAUCUGGUGUUUAGUCCACCGCAGUGGAAAGUACACUCGGUGUACUGGUGAAACCCUGGCAUUGAAGAGGACUCCAGAGAGGAUCAGAGUCCAGCUGGACUAUGAUGGAGGGGAGGUGUCCUUCUACGACCCUGAAGACAUGACUCUCAUCUACACCCAUCAACACACUUUCACUGACAACAUCUUCCCUUGGUUUAGUAUUGGAGCAGCAGGUGAAGCCCGGACCAGAGAUGUUAGAGUGUGUGGUGUCUCCUCACGCACUAAGCCAUGUAAAUAAAUGUAACCUUGUCAGUUCCGUGUUGGACCAACAGUUCCGUUAUAUAUAUAUAUGUGGAUCAAUAUAUCUAGUUGUGUAUAUAUAUGAGUAUAGUAUCAUAGACGGUAGAAGAUGGUCAGUGAAGGUCUCAGUGCAGCCUGUGGAUCAUUAACAGUGAGGGGUGUGUGUGUUUUCUUGUUAACUGGUAGAAAUGGAAUUGUACGUUUAAUGUUGAUAACAAGGGUCUGUAAUAGAACCACACAUGUAGAGAAAUCAAUGAUACUGUUAACACAAUAUUGUUAUGUUAACACCUACACAAGAAUCACAUGGGAAAAUAAUAAUCAUCUAUCAAACGGUAGGUUGUGUAAUUCUAUUACUUUUGGUUGUAGUCAAUGCUGUUCAUUCCUGUGUAUUAGUCUACCCUCACUGUUUGGGACGUAUCUGUUUAUACAUAUUCACGCAGGGUAUAGAAAGGUGUUAGGGUUUGAUUCCAGGGUUUAGGGUUUAGUAACAGAGGAAAUCAAUCAGAAAAUAAUGAUGAAUUAAUUAUUAUGUUAUUAUGUUAUUAAUUAUUAUGAAUUGUGAUUAUUCAGAUCAGUCUGAUUCCAUUCCCGUUAACCAACUAAAAGUUAUUUCUUACAAUAAA